AUUCCUGCCAUGGAGAAAUUUUUUAGAGAAAUGGCGGAUAGUUUGCAGCAUCUAAAACUGAUUAUUUACGGGGUUUAAGUUUUGGUUAUUUACAGUAAAGAUUUGCUUCCAUUAAACAUGGCCUGCGCUGUACUUCGUCUGGUAUCGAACGAACCGGUUUGUUUCUUCCUCCUCUCCAGUAAACCCUAAAGCGUGCUUGUGCAAUUUUCUUCAAAAUUGUCUUUCAGAAAACGGAUUAAGCACUUCAAAACACGAAAUAAUUUGCGAAUUCAGGAAAGCCCUUGAAGACGUUCAAACCAGAAGUCUCAGUCGAACUGAUUGCUCAAACCCUCAUACGUCAAAUCACCUUGCAACUUCUCCACCCAAAUCGCCAUUCGGGCCGCGUCAAGCUACUCCCUAUCCAUUAUCGUCGCGUGAUAACUUUGAACUUGAGAAAGCGUCGUCCUUCCGCAAAUUGCAGUCCAGCCGUUCCGGCCGAUAUAGCCGCGAUCCGGCAAACCAUGGCGGAGAAUGGAUUCCGGAAGGAGGAACUGGAAAAUGAACCCAUGCCUAUAGGAGAUGUUCAGAAGGAAGAAGAAGUGGAAGGCAAAGUAAAAGAGAUAGAGAUUGUGGCCAACGACAGAAAAGAGGGACCUGCUGUCUUCACAGAAUCAGAGGUACAGCCAGCACAAGAGAUGGAGGAGCUGAAGAACGAGGCUGACAUUAGAAACCCUUCUAAGUCUUUUCUAUUAGAUGCAAAUGAUGGUACAGGCGACGAAUCCGGAACAGAGGAGGAGCAAGCUGCUUUUAUGAAGGAGCUUGAGACUUUCCACAGAGAAAGAUGCUUAGACUUCAAGCCUCCAAAAUUUUAUCAAGAGCCAUUAAAUUGCCUCAAGUUGUGGAGAGCAGUUAUCCGACUUGGUGGUUAUGAACAGGUGACUUCGUUGAAGCUGUGGCGACAAGUUGGAGAAUCCUUUAGGCCGCCAAAGACCUGUACUACUGUUUCUUGGACAUUUCGAGGUUUUUACGAGAAGGCAUUAUUGGAAUAUGAAAAGUACAAAAUGCGUAGCGGUGAGCUACCUUUUACUGAUGCUUCCAUAUCAGAUCCUGCUUCUGGGAAUCAGGUAGAUCUAAUUCAUGCUUCAGGAUCAGGUAGAGCAAGAAGGGAUGCUGCCGCUCGUGCCAUGCAGGGAUGGCAUUCGCAGCGGCUUCUGAGUAAUGGUGAGGUUGGAGAUCCCAUCAUUAAGGAUAAGAACCAAAUGACAACACCGAAACGUGAAAAGCAAUUAAGAAACAUUGGUUUCCUCAAACGCAAGGGAUCAUCUCCUGGUGAGCAUGCUAUCAAGGUUGCACGUGUAGCAUCAAAAUCGCAACUGGAGAUCAUGGUUGUGGAUGUUGGUGUCCCUGCUGACUGGGUGAAGGUCAAUGUGCAGAGAAUGAAAGACUGCUAUGAAGUAUAUGCAUUAGUUCCUGGGCUUUUGCGUGAGGAGGUACGCGUACAGUCAGAUCCUGCAGGCCGUUUGGUUAUAUCUGGACAACCAGAACAGCAGGAUAACCCUUGGGGUGUCACUCCAUUCAAAAAGGUAGUCAGUUUACCUACUAGAAUUGAUCCUCAUCAGACAUCGGCUGUGGUGACCCUGCACGGGCAGCUAUUUGUUCGCGUGCCAUUUGAGCAAUCAGAUAUCUAGUACGUAGUUGCCUUUGUAAGCUGGAGGUCUUCAAAAGUAUCUUCUGGUGAUCUAUUGAGAAUGAAAUAGUUGUGUAGGGUUUGCAUAUGUUGAAUUUGAACUUAGCUGCCCUUGUUUACUGUGCAUUUUGGCGUUCAUUGAUGUGUAGUUUCUGUAUUAUAAUAAGUAUUUCAAUUGCUACAAAUUGGUUGGUGUUCUUUUAUUUUAAGGUUAAUUAGAAUCCCAAGUCUGGUCUAACGGGAGCAGUUUGGAAAAAAG